AUGCCUCACCCUCUUACCAUUGCAAGCAAACAAUAUGAUCAGAGUUGGCACCAGGAACUUAACCCCUACGCUUUAUCCUUCUGGGAUAUUGCCAGAUCUGGGGAACCCAACUCGUCUAGUCUUUAUCGGCUGAUUCAAUAUGAAUGCUCCUACUAUAUGAGCUUAAACAGAUGCAUCUGGAUAUACAAGAGGAACUGCCCAUUGAAGAACGAGCAGCAAUUGAGCUUGUUUAAUAACCUCUCAACAAUGAUGGAUCUCAGUUUACGAUUUCUUCAUGACAUUUACACGGAAUACCAUGGAAUACCAAAGUUGCUGGAGACCUUUGGAAACCUAUCAUUUGUCAAAGAUCUUCCAGGUAACGUUUCUAUUGAUAUUUCUGCAAUUUUGGAGACUCAUCUUGUUCGAAGCUCAGCUCUGUAUGCUUCAUAUCUCACAAACAGAGACGACCAAUACUGGCUAUACUGUCUGAUUAAGGAUUCUGCUUCCCGUUGGUUGACUUCUCGAAACAAGAUAUCAAUCGAAAUGGAUGGUUAUGAUGAUUUGAUGGCCUACUUGAGAGAACCAGCUCAACUUGGGAUAAUAUACCAAGAGUAUAUUGAAUCCUUGGAAGAUGAUGAAGUAAGGAACAAACUACUGUCUUAUAUGAGCUCAUUCAAAGCUGAAGAACGAGAAUAUUUCAAAGUUGACGAGAUUAUUGAUGAUGCACUCGAAAUAGAUAGGGUCCUGGGUGAAUUACAACUAGGUGUGAAAAAUACAAUGGCUUGCAUCCAACACCAUUUUGACAACAAUCUAAAAGUUUGUCAGUAUUUUCAGCAUUGCAGCAAAUUGUCAAACACAUCCAAUGUCGAAUCCAAGUACAUUGAUUCAUCAUAUUCUUGUUAUAUGGACAAGCUAAAAUCUCAACAGCAACAAUUUGAAGAAAUAUUUGAAGGAUUCAAAAUGAAUUUACAAAAUCCGAUUGACCAAUUCUUGGCCAUCUCCAACCAUUUCAAGAUUUGGAUUGAAAAGUAUUUGAAGUAUAGCAAGAAGCAGUUCAAGUAUUGGGAUCAUCUUUUAGAAUCAAGAGAUAGGUUGAAGGGCUUGGAACCAUUUCUGGAGCUUAGCAGAAUGCUUGUUUCCUGCAUCCCGGAAUUGUAUGUCCAGCUCAUUACUGAUUUUCUUAGAUUGACCACCGCUGGCUCAAAAGUUUACACAUACAAACAAUUGCUCAGUCUCUUUGAGGCACAUACUAGACUGAACAAACAAGCAAUACUCAAAUCAGAUUCGAAGCUUAUUCAAUUUUCAAUAGGAGAAAUGAGCACUACAAUGGUUUUACCUUCAAAACACAUGUGGGACAGGCAAGCCAGCCUGAAACAAUAG